AUGGCCCAGGCAGCCCACUGCAUCCACUCCACCUUUGGCCUCCAGUGCUACCUCCUCUUCCUUCUAGGUUCUUGGGAGUCAGCAUCUGAUCAUUUGUUGCCUCCUACUUCAGGCCUUGUUUAUAGUACACUCUCUGAUUAUACUGCUCUUCAUUUAGGCCACAACCCUCUAGACCUCACUAAAUCUACAGAAAUCCAUAAGCGAAAAAGUCAUUGCAAUACUACACACCAUAUCAAGCCAACUUACAAACCAAUAGAUAACCCUCAAAAUUCUACAAGUGAUUAUGAAGUUUCUCCUACUUCUGAAAAAAAACCCAGCAAUCAAGGAAAAAAACCAAAUAUCCAGAAUAGACGCUCUAUUGAUCCUAAUGACUCUACUAACACACAUAAAGGACUGUCUGGUGCAAAAUAUUCAACCCUAGCACCCAAGAGAAAACCAUUUUGCAAUAAGCCCAAUGUAAGCAAAACAGAGUCUACAAAACAUGGAGAAGAGACUAAAUCAGCCGAUGGGAAGACCACAACAACCCAAGAAAAGUCCAAGAAACAUGGACAGAACACCACUCCAGCCAGCAGUAAGACAAUGAAAGCCCCAGAAGAUCCCAAAGACCAUGUAAAGAAGACCACAAGAGCCCUAGAAGGGCCCAAGGAUGAUGGAAAGAAGACCACUCCAGCCAACACCACGAGAGCCCUUGGAGGACUAAAGAAUUCUGGGGAGAAGACCACCACCGUCAGCGGGAAGACCACCAGUACCACAGAAGGGCCCCCAGACCAUGGAAGGAAGACCACUGCAGCGAGCGGGAAGACCACGAGAGCCCUGGGAGGACUCAAGAAUCCUGGGGAGAAGACCACCACCGUCAGCGGGAAGACCACCAGUACCGCAGAAGGGUCCCCAGACCAUGGAAGGAAGACCACUGCAGUGAGUGGGAAGACCACGAGAGCCCUGGGAGGACUCAAGAAUCCUGGAGAGAAGACCACCACAGUCAGUGGGAAGACCACCAGUACCGCAGAAGGGCCCCCAGACCAUGGGAGGAAGACCACUGCAGCGAGCGGGAAGACCACGAGACCCUUGGGAGGACUCAAGAAUCCUGGAGAGAAGACCACCACCGUCAGCAUGAAGACCACCAGUACCGCAGAAGGGCCCCCAGACCAUGGGAGGAAGACCACUGCAGCGAGCGGGAAGACCACAAGAGCCCUGGGAGGACUCAAGAAUCCUGGGGAGAAGACCACCACAGUCAGUGGGAAGACCACCAGUACCGCAGAAGGGUCUCCAGACCAUGGAAGGAAGACCACUGCAGCGAGUGGGAAGACCACGAGACCCCUGGGAGGACUCAAGAAUCCUGGGGAGAAGACCACCACAGUCAGCGGGAAGACCACCAGUACCGCAGAAGGGUCUCCAGACCAUGGAAGGAAGACCACUGCAGCGAGCAGGAAGACCACGAGACCCCUGGGAGGACUCAAGAAUCCUGGGGAGAAGACCACCACCGUCAGCAGGAAGACCACCAGUACCUCUCACAUGAAGCUGAGUUCCACCAUGUCAGAGAUCCCAGGCAAUGAAAGCCAUCCAUAUCAGAAUGAAGAUGGCUCACACAGAGGUGUUCACGCUGGAGGAAGGAGUGAGAAUGAUUCAUUCCCUGCCUGGGCCAUAGUUAUUGUGGUCCUGGUGGCUGUGAUUCUCUUCCUGAUGUUCCUUAGCCUUAUCUUCUUGGUCUCCUAUAUGACAAAAACACGCCAGGCACUGAUCCAGAACAAGGAGGACAAUGACCCAGAAGAUGAUGGAGGCCCUAACUCCUACCCAGUCCACCUGAUGGAGCAGCAGACUCUUGGCAUGGGCCAGAUCACUUCCCCACGGUGA